UUCGAUAUGAUGUUCGGGGAAUGGAUUAUUCAUUUGGAACAUAUUUUUUGGUCCUGGCUAGUAUUUCCUUCACAGCAUGUGUGCAUAACUUUGGUUGUGUAGAAAAGAAUUAUCGCUAUCUUCGAUGUGAAUGGGAAGGACACUUUGAAACAACCUGCUGGAUUUUAUCAAACACCAGAGCCUCCAAUAUCAGUAUAUGUGACAUUGAGAAAAUUGGGAAGAAGCUGUUUUGCAAUAUCUCGGUUGGGAACUACAACCAGCUGGGUCUAAAUGACUUCAUCUUGAUAAAUUUGUGCAACAACACAGAAGAAACAAACACGAUUUCUACAAGAGAUGACAAAAAUGUACAGUUAGAUCCAGUAAGUAAUUUCCAUUCGAUAUGGACAUCACAAACAAGGGUUAAUCUAACGUGGACGCUCCCAGUCUCGCCCUGCGCGGUAAACGACGAGAUUGGAGGUGUAAACUGCUCGGUCCUUCUAGACACCACGUCUGCUGAUCUGGCAUCAGAUUCUGGAUGGUUCUUACCCAAGGUUCUCCCUUCCAGUGCAUGGACAGCGAUGGGCAAAUCUGGUUCAAUGUGCACAAGUUCAGCUCCUAUGUCCAUAACUUUUGAAAAUCUUCAACCUUCAAAAAAUUACACUGCUUGGGUAAAAUGUCAGCCUUAUGGUUCCAGAUUUUGGAGCGAUGUUACUGAAUGUAAUUUCACGACACAGAAUUCAAAACCACAACACAGUCCAUUGACAGAGCCAGGGUCCUAUGUUUUGUACAGAUGUGGAAGCUAUGAGUGCCUAGCAAUCUACUGGAAAACAAAUCGAUACUUGAAUGAAGAGAUAAAUGGUUACAACGUUAACAUCUCACAAAUAUUGGCCUCAAACACUGUAGUAAACCGCAGCAUGGCAGGAUUUUACGACCUCCCUGUGCUGCCCGUGUAUACCGUGUCAAUCUGGGCGUGGAACACCGCCGGAACAUCCUCUCCUUCUACAAUGAAAAUCUUUUCAAAAAAUUCCGAAAUGUACAAACCUCUAUUUGUGUUGUCGAAGCUCGUUAAAAGCUACACGUUUGAAAUAACGUACAGAAGGGGAAAUCGGAGUCCUAAUAUAGAUACUGCAGUAUACUACUGGUGUCUAGGAGAUUCGGAUGGACCCUUAGUAAAUUGUCAGGAUGCCAUAAAUUGGAAGGAAGUCAAAAUUGGAAGAGAUGAAAAACGUUCUGAUACAUACAAAUACAAUGUUACAACAACUAUUGAAGAGGGUCUACAGUUUGCUGUGGCACUUUUCAAUAAUGGAUCGACUUCUGGAAUGGUCUGGGGAAAGACGAUUUAUUUGACCACCAAGCAAGAAUCUGCUCGGAACAAGGGUGAUUCGAAGUCGACAGCUAUUACAAUAGUUGUGGUCUUUACUGUUACAGUUAUACUGGUGGUUUUAAUUGUGCUGUCAAUUUGGUGGAAACGUCGAUGUCAAAGAGACAGGGCCCUCAAUAUUGAAAUUCCAAAUAUAUUUUCUACAAGCAGAAGGACUGAUGAAACAAGAACAUCGGCAUAUACUUAAUCAAAUAUCUUCCAGUGCCUGUUAAUUAUUAAGCAUAAUUAUGAAAUGAAGCCAUUUAUUUAACCUUUUUAUUUAACACUCAUGCAGAGGAAAGAUGGAAUUCUUAUUUUAUUACUGUUAUUUAUCAUCUCCUAAAUACAUAUUAAAUUACCCAAUCAUUACAGAAAGCAGAAGGGCUCAUAUAUAUAGGCUAUGUCUGUUGCCCAAUCUGUUUAUGUACAAUUACAUGAAAUAUAUUCAAAUUAAAAAUAAUUAACAAAAAGGCAGAAGAUAGAGGAUAUUUUCUGGGGUAUUUUUAACAUACAAAUUAUGAAAUAUAUCUCCCGAAUAACCAUAAUAACAUAAUAUUUAAUAAAUUAAUUUUAAAAAUGAUUAUAAAGUGAAGAGUUGAUACGAAUCAGGAA